UAUUACAAAAGAUAACCCCAUUAUCCACAAUCCGAAAAAAAUUUCACCCAGAGAGUAUAUACCAUAAUCAAAGGAGCUUUCUUUUUCACUACUUGUUAAAAAAUCUCCUUUAGUAGCUCCCAAUGUUCAAGAAAACCAAAAAUCAAAAAGGUAGACUGGGAUUUCAAAAGUGUUACCGUUUAGGGAUUAUGAUCUCUCAAUCUUGAGCUCUCUUCAGCUGCAAACUGCUUCUCUUCUCUGACCAAUCAAACAUGAUUCAUCAUCUCUUUCAUUAUCAUCGCCCCAAGAGGGUCUUGCACCAGUGGAUCUAUAGAGUGAAAUCAAAUGCCUUGAAUGAGCUCUUCUCCUCCAGAUGUUCGUUGAUGCUUCUACUCUAUUCACCAUCUCCAAAAAAGCAACAAUGUGCACGUUAAUAUUUCUCGCGGUCACGACGGUUGUAGUGGUGACUGAAGAGUCAGAGACCAAGAGGUUAAGAUUGUGCUGAGAGGAUUCUGCGGCUAUGGCGGCAUGGCUUGAACUGUAGCGGUGAUCAUCUGAUGGACCUUGGUCGUAGAGAAGAGGAAUACUCAUGUAUAUUUAUACCCAACACAAACCGACUCUCAGAUCUAAACGACGCAUUGAAGAUGACAUCAUGGGGAUCGGUUUAUUGGGAUUAAACAUGAAUUCACAGCUCGCCGUUUCAGAUAGCGUGAGGAAGCUCGGACGUCUCGCGUCGCCGCUGCACGAAGAGAGGAGACGAUCUCAAAUUCUUCGAUCGGACAGAGCUAGGGUUAAAGGGCGAAACAUCACGAUUCACGUCUUAAUGAUACGGUGAGUUUCGUUCUGUGACACGUGUCGUGUUUUCAGAACAGGAAUUUCCUAGCUGGCAUCCUAUGUGGCAUCACCAGGAGGGAUACAAAGCCUAUCUAAUUAUAUAAAAAAUUGUUUGAGUCCCUCCCGCAGUGUCCACGUGGAAACUCAAUUGAUAUAGGGUUGACACGUGUCCCUGUCCAAUGAAACUCAUCGUAUCAUUUUCUCUGCAGUUUGUUGGGCCUUGAACGUCAUCCGGUAUUUAUUUUUGUUGGGCUUUCAUUAAGUUUGAUGGGCGCGUUUCAGUUAGGGUUUACCCUGUUUUCUUCUUCGCCUCUCUUUUACACCCCCAUGUCAAUUAGCUCUUCGAAAUCGAUUUUCCAUCUUCUUCCUCGGAGUAACGCAACGUUACGAGUUACCAGGUUAUCAUCUAAAACCCUCCAUUACUCUCUCACACAUUAUCUACAUUCAAUGCGAUUUCUGGAUCUGUAAGACGGUGGAGAUUCAUAUAUAAAAAGGUAAGAUUUCUUCAUUCGAUAAUCAUCCUCUCAUUCUUAAAAGCUAACCGGUAAGACAAUUCUGUGAAAUAUGGCUGACGUUUCGGUCUUCCUCUCCGAUCUGCAGACUGGCCGCCCCUCCUCCACUGUUCAAGUCCAUUUGCUAAGUUUCUGGGAGGCUCAGGAAGGUGUCAAGGUUACAGAUGUGGUUCCGAGUGGAGCUUCCAUUGGUAUCUACGAGAGUGAGACUCUUGAGCUUAGUGAUGGGGGAUCAAACUACCUUGGGAAGGAUGUCUCUAAGGCUGUUGACAACUUCAUGGUCUAUGAACUGAUGGAACCCAAAACAAGUGGGGUUAAUGCAAUCAAAAUCAAAAGCUUGGAGCCAAUGAUAUCCUUGAUGCGUGCAAACCUGGGGCCAUUCUCAAUGGCAUUCGUCUCUACAAAAGGAAGGUAGAAGAGCAACAGGUAAACAUAUAUUAGACGACGGGGGAGAUAGGAAAACAAUAAUAAAUAUUAAUGAUUAUAUUUCUUACAUUUUUCAUGGUAGUAUAGUUUUGUAAAUUUUAACAAAAAGGAAAAUAGUUCAGAUUAAAUCUUCAACUUUCUAUCUUCUUACUUACUACGACAGUUAAUGUAUUCUGUGAUGUGGUACAAUAACAUGUUUAUACGUUUCUAUCUUUUGACUCAUGAAAGUUUGUAAAAUAUUUUGAACUCGAGACUACUUAGGAGCCAAAACCAAUGCCUUUAUAAUUGCGACUCUUUCGAGAAUGACAAUCAAAAAGAAAAAAAAAGGAUUAUGCAACUAUAAAGCAUUAACACAUGCUGGAAACAAAUGACGCGAUCAUUGUGCAACGUCCCAUGUAUGAAGAGAGCAGAAUACAACCUGAUGCUAAUCAUGCUACCCAUAAAAUGUAACCUUGGAGAUCUUGACAGCCCAUGCACAGUUUGUUUUCGUUACAAAAAAAUCACGAAGUUCCUUGAACUGAAGUAACUUCAGCAUGCACUAUCCAUCACACACUCACUCAGACCACCUACCAUUUUUAAGUUCUCUUUAAUACUUUUCCUACUUUCCAGAACAAUAUUCGCAGUAAUCGUUCCUCUGGUUUUAAGUUUAAUACACUCGCAAUUUCUAUUAUUUAUAAAACUAUCUUUUUAUACAUCCUCUUAGUUACUAUCUACUCUCUACGUCUGUCUCCAAUUUCCAUAGAACACAGUGUAAUCAAAAUGGAUUCCCCUAGCUUACGUGUUCGUGUUUGUAUUUUGCUGUAAUUGACUUGGUGCAGAACCUAUACAGAAAAAAAGAUGCGCAUCCAACCUUUUUUCCAAAUUCAGAUUUUAGGUUUGUUAGUUUUUCAUCGUAUUAAGUUCAAGGCCCAUUACACACGUAGGCCUUUUAACUGUCUUCAUGUGUUCCCAAAUAUCACCAUAAUUAUUAUCGGUACUGCCAUAAGAUCAAUGAUAAGAAAAAAACUUAGUCUAAUAUUAUAUGAUGUUAAUAACAGAUACAACCGAGUAUCGUUUCACUUCACCAAUUAAUAAGAAAGUACUACAAUCAUAUAUAAGGUUUAUACUAAAACAUACAAUAUAUGGAAAAUGUAUUUUAAUGAUUUGAUAUACGUACAACGAAUAUUUCUUCUAAUAUAUUAAUCUGUGUUACGUUAAAAAAUGACGACCCUGUUCUAUUUUUUUUAAUAUAAAUCUUACUAUUUGAAUAUAUCAUACACCAUUUAAUAUUCCAAAUUGAUAGUAAGAUAUAUUGGUUGACAAAAAAAAAGAUAGUAAGAUAUAUUAAUUUAUCUUUUUGUUUUUUAAAUUAAAAAUUCAUCAUAUAAUUAUAUUUGUGCAAUUGUAAAGCUUAUAUUAAUAAUAAUGCAUAAUGUAUUUAAUGAUUUGGUAAAAAUAUACAUAAGAUUUUUUACAAACAAUUAAUUUGUAUAGCAAAAACCAAUCCCGUAAAAUUAUUAACCAAACCAAUAACACCAAAUAGGCCUAUAACCCAUAAAAUCAACAUGAAUCCAAUUAUUCCUAAACUUGAGAUUAAAACGUCAGUACUACUCAAACUGUUCAUGUAGAACUAUAAAAUUUCUUUUCAAAAAUAACUACACACAAUUACAGCUUAUGCUCUUUGUUACAUACGAGACAUGCCAAUGCAAUGUUAUCAUUUAAAAAAAUAUAUUUUAUGAAGUCAUAACGCAGAUUUUCUAUUAAUUACUUCUAAA